AUGGGUGUCAUAGAAUUGACUAUUUUUAAAAGUGCACCUGAUAUACCUAAGGCGCUGUUAGAGUGUGAUGAUGGUGCUUGUAUUUCUUAUACAGACUGGUGCGAUUACAAGAAUGAUUGUCAUGAUGGCUCAGACGAAAAAUAUUGCGGUUAUCCAGAGAAAAAAAUUUGUAAAGAAGUAAAUUGUUGCUUUUCGUCGCCAUUGUUUAUAAAUACUGAUCCAGUCGUUCGCAGAUGUUCAAUAUACAACUAUAUUGAAAUGUGCGUUAAUAUCACUUGCCCGGCUGUAUGUAAAUGUGAUUCGGAAAAAAUAGAUUGUUCAUUACAUGAACUAAUCAACGUACCAAAAGUCGAUUUAUCAAUUUGGAAAAUUUAUUUGUUAAAAGAUAAUUUGAUCAAAGAACUAAAGCCGGAAAAUUUGAAAGCAUUCUUUGGACUGAGGACUUUCGAUGCUGGCUCCAACAAAAUUCAGCGUAUAGCUCCAGAUUCCUUUAACAAUUUGACUCAACUCUCAACAUUGUAA